AUGAUUGUUAAUGAUCUCAUAAAAUCAUGCUUAUUCUUUUUCUUCACCCAUGAACAGAUCGCCUACUGGGACUGGCUAUGCACUGUUCACUUUGCCGUCUUUUAUCCAAUCAUUGUGGACGAUUUAGUCCUUUUUGAUGCAAGCCGGUCUAUCUUACCACCAGGUUCACCAAAAAGUGCGUCCGGAUUUAUCACCAGUCGACUAGCUCCUGAAAAACAAAAAAUGGUCACCAGUGGAGUCGGUAAUCGUCUGCCAGUUUCCUUGCCGCUUUUUAAUGACAAAGAUAAUGUCAACAGUGCUAGCACUCCUGCUAGUUCUAGUAUAAAAAGGUUGCGAAGAUCACCGCCAUCUAGAGAUUCGCACGAAGAAGAACUGUGCAUUCAGGUGGGCUCUCUGGCCACACUUCCAGCUUUCAGUUCCACUUUAGAUCCGGGUUCUCCUACUUCAUUGAGUUAUCUUUCAACCUGGACCCAGCUUCUAACUUCCGUUCUUUUUGGUAAGCAUCCUCCGUCCCAUCUACCCAGAGUCGUAACGAGCAAUUUAUCGUCUUCGAAUCUGUCUGAUCAAACAAAAUCUCUAUGCAGACCGAGUGUGUCGACAAUACCUCCAUCUUCGGCUUCGCUACCGGUAUUGGAAGCAAAGACAACAACAGCAGAACGUUCAUUACUAUUAUCGGACUUUCUUAUUUCUGCUCCUUCGCGAAAGCAACUGGAUUUAGAGACAUUAUCUAGCCCCACAGACCCUGCCCGAGAUGUUUUAGUACAUCAACAAACACUUGGUCGUCCCACUGUUCCUUCAAAGGUAAACGAGGAUGACGACUGCGCAGGUGAUGGCUAUUAUGACAAGUAUUCAAAUGAUUCUACUGCCAAUUUUGCUAGUGAGCAUAAAAAUGGCACCGAAGUUGCAGGGCCUGUAGGCAAUGCUGCUGAUCGCCUUCUUAUUCACAAGAAGUACGGACUAAAACAGUUACAUUCAGACAUCUUGACAAAAGCACAUUACCAGUAUGCUGGAUCAGCUCUGGCCCGGAAGCGCCUAAAUAACCGGGCUCAUAAGAAGCAUACUUUCUCCAAUCCAAACUUUGCUCGGCAGGACCUGUCGAUGUCUACAUUUCAAGCCUCGCUCGGAAGCCCCAAUCAUUCGAUCCCUACUCAUUUAUUACCUAUUAGCAAUUUGACUGGCUACAGGCUAUGGCUGAAACAUCAACUAUUAAGUUCUCAUUCUCGCUGGUUGUGGUGGCGGUGGCACCAACAUCAAAGACAACAUGAUCACUCCGUGCAACGCAGAAUCAAGUCGCCAAAAUGUAAUUGGUUGCCACAGCGUCAACUUGCACGUCAUAGACGUAUUAUCGCGCGCUCUACCAAGCGGACAUCUGCAGGGGUUACAGUCGAUCCCAUUGAUUCGCCCUUAGCCUACAAUCUUCAGCUUGUCCGAGUGCCAGCCUGUUCCAGCUGGUGCACGCGUGUCGAGACCCUGUGUCCAUAUAUAAACCCGUCUGAAACCACCGAGAACGAAAGUCAUUACCACCACAGUUCUCGUUAUUCGGCUUCUGUUCUCAAUCCCUGUGAACAAACCUGCUGUUACUCGGACUUCGACUUUCAUCCGAUUGUUUCACCGAACUCACAUACCACCUCGAUCAACCUUGACGAAUCUUCACUCUCACCUUUAGCUAAAAGCUUUCAGAAGAUGACUAAGAAUGUCGUCCGAGGAGAUUCACUUUCUACAAGAGCCACUAGCUCAAGCUCCAGCAGCAUCAAUAGUUGUGAUGAUAACAAUAAUGACACUGAAAUAGGCAUUAGUGGAUGUGCCAAUAACGCAGCCUGCAAUUCAUUAAUGUUCCGGUGCAUGCGAUCAGCAAGUACAGUUCUUACUUCUAUGUCUCUCUCGACUAAUCAUAGUUUAAGUAACUCGGCUCCAUUGGCCUCGCACAUACCUUUCCCCGCCUCCAGGCCUGAAGCAGCAACAAAACUUGAAAUAAUCGAGUCUGGAAUGCGGCCUACAUCUUCGCCUGAAGUCUUCAUUCUCAACCCGACAUCUCAUCAGUUGGACCUUAUCGGCCCGACUAACUCAGCUGCCUCAAGUCGCCACAAAUUAUGGCGACUUUCCAUUGGGUACUACCCUCCUCUUUGGAUUAGUUGUUUCAUCAUUAUACUAACCAGCAUUGUGUCCACUGAUGUUUGGACGGCUUCUAAGCUUUCAUCCUCUCGGUAUCGACAUCGCCAAAUUCACUGUCGCUGGCCCCGAUGGCUGUCUUUUGGCAACAUCCCGUUGCUAUCAUCAUUGCCUCCACCUAUAUCGUUCUAUGUAAUCUCUGUUACCAAGCCUCAGGCUCCAUCCACCACUUUCCCCUUUUUUCCAUGUUUUUCUCAACUAGUUCGUCCGUUGCGUCCAGCAGGCGAAGUAGUUACCGAAUUGCCAUUGAAGAUCAGCUACACAAACUUCAUUAGCCAGUUUGUGCCUGGGUGGCUGGGUUCUUUUGCUUCUGAGAUCUCAGGACGCCUCAUCUUUAUUCCUACCGUAUUGGAUCAAGUUGAAUCUGACAAACAAGCUUUUCCAUUACAUUGCAAAUCAGGGUUGCUUGAUUUGCAAAUUGAGUUCAUAGUUCACGAGCAGAUAAAUUAG